AUGGAUCUAUUCCGCUCUGCUUCAGGUAAAGCUGCAUCCAAGGAACUAGAGCGUAUUGAUCAGCUAUACUAUUCAUAUGCAAAUGAGUCUUCUGGUAUGAUUGACCCAGAAGGAAUAGAAUAUCUUUGUUCUGACUUAAAAGUUGAACACACAGAUGUCUGCAUAUUGAUGCUUGCUUGGAAAAUGCAAGAUGAAAAGCAGGGAUACUUCACCCUGUUGUUGGAAAUCAAAUUCAAGGAAGAACACAUAAAUGCUGCAUUGCCAAAGGAUGAGCAAGACAAUUUGAGAGUCCCGAUGCUAUUGAUAGCCAUACUUGCUACAGUUGUUGGAAAUCAAAUUCAAGGAAGAACACAUAAAUGGUGCAUUGCCAAAGGAUGAUCAAAAUUUUGGUUUUUCUUUUUACUUUUCGUAUCAAAAUUUAACAAAUUAAUUACAAAUGUGAGUUAUGGUUCUCUUUCUUUAGAAUACAUUUAUGCCUCUUUAUUUUGGAAGAAAUUUUAAGGAUUACUUUAUUUAACGUGAUUCAAACGAUUACUACUGCUUAGACUAAAGUUGAAAGGCAAAUAAGCUUAAGGUUCUAAAAUUUGAAGCAGCCUAUUGUUAUACCAUCCAACUACCAAG